CUGCAUCGGGGCUCAGAUGACGUAUAUUCCACAUUUGUUGUGUCUGAUUUUUUAGAUUCGUGGUGUUAUAAAGUUUUGAAUCGUGAAAAUGUUAUUAUAUUGUGAUCAAGAGACCGGCUCGGGAACAAACCGCAAAACGACGAGUGACGAAAGUAAACAGGAGGUCAGCAUGCAACCGGAUUCGAGCAGCGAGUCGUCGUCUGAAGACGAAUCGGCUCCACCAGAUGACACUCAAUAUUAUUAUGAUAAAGCCAUUGCGGAGUCACUUGCGGAGAACAUGUAUAAUCUAUCAGUGGAGUCGGACGAAGAUGACGACUACGAUGAUUUGAAUCCAUCGCCCUCUUCUCGGCCACCAAAACAGCCGUUUGUGUUUGAAUGCUAUUCCGAAGAUGAUUCCGAAGAAUCAGAUAUCUAUAACAAGAUAAGCAAAAUUGCGGGGUUGGAACACUUGGUCGUGAACAGCCCUCUUUGGUACGCGCAUGUAAAGCCACACUUGACUGAACUAGAACGAGAGGAAUUGUGGAACAGAACUCCUUGGGCAGUAAAAUUUUAUUGGGAUGACUCCGACGACGCUGACGCUGAUGAUGAAGCUGCUCCUCCGCUUUUUAAGGAUCAGUACUAUAUCGCAGUUAUUUAAAGCGUUAUAAUCAAGUUUUUCUUUCAAUUUAAAGUAUUUUGUAUUUUCGUUUCAACAAUCUUUAUAUCCUCUUAAGUUUAGCAACUUGUAAGGAGGGCGUUGCGAAAUUGGAGUGUUAUUUAUUUUUCGAUUGGUAAAUAUUAUAAAAUUAUAUGAAACGUGUCAAUGAAACUUAUCAGAUAAAUCUGAUAUUAUUUAUAUAUAAAAAAAUAUAUAUAUAAUAAGAUAUAAAUACUGGACGUGGAAACCCAGAUAAACACAGUAAUGAUGGUAAUAAUAUAUGAGUAGAGUUUUUGGUAAGGGAGAGAUGUCUCUGUGAAUAUAUAAUAGAAGAAAUCUGGUAUUAACAUUAAAAUCAUCGGCGGCACUACAAUAAUGAAGAGAUAAACAUUCAUUUUAUUUAUUAUGUUAUUUCAAAUCUGACAUUAGAAAUGAACGGUUAGAUACUAAUAUAUUGAUGUUAUUUUGAGUAAUUUUUUUCUUGGUAGCAAAUUAUAUGUUUCUAAAAUAAGAGAUUCGUUUUUGAACAUUGACAGUGCCAGCUGAUUUUACACUGAAGUAUGAGGUUUCUUCUAGAGACAUCUCAUAAUAUGAGUUUUUAGCUUAUAACUUUGAUUUGCAAGCAUUUUAUUAUGUUCGGGUAAAUCGUAGUCACGAAAUUGUUUUAUAGAAAUAAGAAAAAUACUAUAUUGUCCCACAAACAUGCGGAAUCGAAUUCGGAAGAUUACAUAAUAUAUAGAUAACAAGCAGCAUAAGUAAAUUUAUAUUAUUAUUAUAAAAAUAUGGGGAUGACCUGAAAUCAAGGUAGUUUGUAAAUAUGUAUAAUCGUAAAAAAUAAAAUAUAAUGAUAUACUUUCUGUAUCUCUUAAUUUUAUUAUAAUUUAUUUCAAACAAUUUACUUUGUUCGUUUUUCCUUACUGUUUAAUAUUAUUGUUGGUUCGUUCUUUAAAUUUAACUUUUCUCAUAUUAUUCAGAAUUCUUCCAUCUAAAACGUUGGAUUUGUCAUUCUGAGGUAUAUUAUAUAAUAUGUGUAUCGCACAAUGGAACGAAUAUAUAUGAACUUCAAUACUAGCAUUCAAUAUUGUAUACAUGAUGCGCUACUUCUCUUUAACAGCUAAGCGGUUCUCUUCUGUCUCGUUAGGUACACGACGUUGUAGUACAUUGAAUGUCUUAUGUGUUGCUUAGAGUUAGACAUACCAUGUUUAUUUAUUUCCUAAUUUAUAAUAAGUAGUUUUAGAAAAUUAAAAUGUAUAACAUUAUAGUGAUAAGGACAUCAAUAUUGGACUUCAAAUAAAAAUCAAAUAAGC